AAAGGCGCUCGGCACUUUCCGGCGGUUGCUGGUUUCCAUGGAGACACUUCCGGGCGGCAGAGACAAGUGAGGAAGAGAAGAGAGAGAGCAGGAUGGCGAGAGCGGGGGGAGGCAAGGUUGUCUCUUCUGGGAGGAUUUUGGUUCCGGUCCGGCCCCUGAGUUGUAGGAGGAGGACUGCCCCCAGGAAGAUCUCCACCACCUCCGCCGACUCCGGAUACUCCCUGUGCUCCACCGACUCCGAGGACCAGGUUUUAGUCAUCAAUAAAGGAUUGGAUCGAUGUGCGGCUUUAUUACAAGACAUCCUGCAGAGCGAGGCACGAGACAAGGCAACAAAAGCGCCCAAAGCGACCUUUCCAAGAGCCCAUUGUAAAUCCUCUGUAAAAGUGAAGAAGAACGCAGUGAAGAAGCCGUCUACCGCAUCACAUGUGCACAGAGAGAAAGUUGUUGUCAGGAAGUUGGCCCCCUCAGGGGGUUGUAAUAACGUGAAGGGGGAGGGGCCCCCUGUGACCGCCUCCUCUCCAGCACUGCCCGUCGCUAACUGUGACCUCAUACAGACCCAGAUGCAGCUUCUGAACAGAGCCGCCUGCAAUGCUGCGUCUGCACCAGCCCCCGAAUCCGCUGUAAUGUUCAACUACCGCCUGCCGACAUCAACCCCGACCCUCCUGUCACCGCAACAGCCGGCAAACCCUCCUCCGGAUGCCGGCUAUGGAGUGUAUUACCAGUCUCUGCCACUGGGGGGAGCAGCUCACCUUCCAUCAGUUAGUUCCGCGCCCCUGUCACACUCUGUGCCCCCCGCAGCCUGUAAUGUACCUGUGCAGCAAACCUCCAACGCUUCCUCCUAUCAGCCGACCCGCCCAGCUGACAUGCAGUCCGGUAAUUAUAUGAACCAGAUCCGCGACUCGGAUCUCCUGCAGUGUGUGGCCGCACAUUUGGCACAGCUGCGCAGUCAGGAAGCAACAAACGCACCCGAGCCGGAAAAAGAGAGACUUGUGACCGAGACUGAGGAGGUGUCAACUGAUGAGGAGGAGAUGAGGGACAAGGCCGUGGCAAGAGACAUCAGCUGUCAGACGAGCUUCAACAGCCAGAAAAAGAGCAGCCCCGAAAAAACCCAACGGAAGAUCCGAACCGUCAAAUAUCUUCUGGGAGAGAUAAAGACUCUAGUGGCCGAUCAAGAUGACGGGGAGGCUCUGCGUCUGGUUACAGAGCUGGAGCACAACGUGUCUCUUCUGCCGGCGGUGGUGGGGGGUACGAAUGUUCAUGCGGAGAUCGCCCUGGCCCUGCAGCCCCUGAGGAGCGAUAACACCCAGCUGAGGAGGAGACUGCGAAUCCUGAACCAGCAGCUGAGAGAUCGGGAGAGAACGGCGAGAUCAGACGAGCAGAGCAAUGAAGUGACGUCCCUCCAGUCUAUGAAUGAGACAUUACAGCAGCAGCUGACAGAGUCCCAGAAAAGCCUGGAGUCCCAGCAGAAUAAGAACGAGGAGCUUCUGAAGGUGGUGGAGACCCAGAAAGAGGAGAAGGAAACCCUCUGCCAGGUCAUCCAAGAGAAGGAACGGGAAAUCCUUCAGAUUCUGCAGCAGAAGAGCGAGUCGGAAGGCGCGGUGGGGAACAUGAAGAGCCUCCAGUUUAGGUUGGAGUCUGCGGAGAAGGAGAAUCAGAUUCUGGGGAUAACGCUGCGGCAGAGAGACGUGGAAGUUGCCAGACUGAGAGAACUCGCCAGGACUCUGCAAGCCAGCAUGGCCAAGCUGCUGUGUGACCUGGGAAAGGACACCACCAAAGCCAGGCCCGGGGCUCCUCUGACGCAGGCCGCACUGGUCAGCUUUGAGAAGCAGCUCCGCACUGACCAAUGUCCGGCCAGCAGCUCCAUCCUCAGCUACCUCAAGAGACUGGAGAUGGAUCAAGUGAUCCCGGGUAGCAGCGAUCAGCCGGAUCCCGCUGCUUCCACCUACCAGAAGGAACUGACCUCUGACCCCAGCGAUGACUUUAUCAUGAAUUAUCCGAGACCUGAGUCCUCCAUCCCCUCCCAUAGCCCCCAAAAGCUCCGCCCAGAAGGCAACAGCCGGUCCUGUUCCCUGAUCGGCGACGAGUACAAGCCGGAUGAGACCACCUACUUACCGCUGGCCAGUAGCCCCCGCAAAGCCAACUUUGCACCCGCCGCUCGGCUGAUGUGCACCCCACCGAAGACCUGCAGCGCAGAGAGAGACGUCGGGGAGAAGAUGAAGGUCUUCGGUGUUUCCGAGGGGAACCGCCCCAUUCAGAGGAGUUUAUUCGAUGUCCCGGACACGGCGGGGAAGCCCAACAAGACCCGAGAUGUAGACGUGCCAAAACCUAAAGAGCCCUCCGGGGGUCAUCCGCCCCUCCUCCAUCAUCUGAGCAACCUGAGAAUUACUGACAGUCGCCUGAACGAGCACUCGGCGUUCGAUGUCAUGUCUGCGACAUCCGAUUGGUCCAUUGCCUCUUUCUCCACCUUCACCUCACACGACGAGCAGGAUUUCCGGAACGGUCUGGCCUCUCUGGAUGCCAAUAUCGCCAAAUUACAGAGGACUUUACAGAGCGCCAACAACAAGUAAUGUGGAUAGUUGUACCCGUAAAUUAUGUUUACUUUUUAUUUUUCUAAUGAAAUAUUUAAUAAUAAAAUUUGGUUUGGAAGUGU